AUGGCGUCGAAAAGUCCAAAUCCGGAGUCUUUGCUACUUUCUCCAGGGUCGACGCCACUAUACAAGCCCCUUGCAGUCAGAGAGAUCCGACUCCUCGUGGUCCAACCAGGCGUGUUUCGUGAGCGACUCAGGUGCGUCUUGAAGACAGUUUCGCUCGAUGACGAGCUCCCAUACUUUGAAGCGUUAUCAUACUGCUGGAAUGAACUUCGAGAUACCGUUAUAGUCGAUGAUCACACCAUCUCCGUUCCGUCAGAUCUGGCUUGGUUUCUUCGCCGAUUAAGACGCAAGGCAACUCCACGUACAGUCUGGGCAGAUUCUAUCUGCAUCAACCAAAGCGACAACAAGGAGAAAGGACAUCAAGUCAGCAUUAUGCGCGAGAUAUAUCGGCGUACAGCCGAAGCUCAGGUCUAUCUCUGCGAGAGCCCAGGUUCGAGUCGGCAACAGGAAGAAGACGAGACCCUAGAUGACGAGUAUCGACCGUGCCACUGGUAUGGCGACGAAAGAGACGUCCAUCUCUCUUUGUUGCUUACAAAAUAUGGCCACCAGCCCUUGAGCUACAUUAUGAUGGAUAAAGUAGCAGUUGGGUUGUUGGCAUGCAUCAAUAACCACUUCUGCUCCCUGGAAAAGGUUAUAACUGCCGUCGUUGGACUCUUUCGACAUUCAAUACAAAUUUUGUCAUACAUGAUGGGGCAGCCGUGGUUCUCUAGGAUCUGGGCAUUCCAAGAAGCGGUGCUUCCCAACGCUGUAUCCGUGCAUUUUGGAGUUUGCGUCUUUCCGCUGGAUAUGAUGCUACGUGCAACCCAAAAUAUGUUGUAUCUCGCAGGAACAAAAGAUCUUCCAUGCUGCUCGUCGAUUUGGAAGCACUUACCACCUCUGGGUGGACCGGCCACCGGCCACAUUGAGGGACAUUUGUGGGACCUAAACUACCAUCGCGAAUCGGCACAAAAGAAUAACCAAAGUAACGUCACCAAGGGUAGUGAUUUGGUGCUUUUAUUGGACGCCACCAGGAACAGACGAUGUCAAGAACCUCGCGACCGCAUAUAUGGACUGCUAGGGCUGGUAGACAGUUGGCGUUUCACCGAGUCAAUCGUGCCCGAUUAUUCGAUCAGUCUUGAAGAGUUGUACAUAACAGCGACAUGGAAAGCAAUGAUAGAAACACAGUCGACGCUAUUACUUGCGUAUAACAAGCCAGGAAGGGAUUGA